AUGGCGGCAAGACCCAAGUUGAACGUCCAAAACUUUCCCCGUCCUCCACUGUUAGAAUUAACUCGAAGGCACUUGUUGAUCAGAUGGAAUGGCCAGACGCUGGCAGACACCAAAUCUGCCUACUGGGUCUUAGAGACGACUCAUCCUCCGACCUACUAUCUGCCAAAGAGCUCCAUCUCCGAUGCUUUCAAGCUGAAGCAAGUCCCCCACAAGGCAUCGCUCUGUGAAUGGAAAGGCCGAGCGACAUACUGGGAAGUCACCAACGAAUCAACGGGAGAGACGGUGAAGAACAAAGUAUGGAGCUAUGAGUCGCCGACGCCAGCUUUCAAGGACAUCCGGGGAUAUUUGUCCUUCUAUGCUAGUGAUGUCCCCUGGGAAUGCUUUGUUGACGAUGAGAAAGUGGCACCCCAGGAAGGCGACUACUACGGCGGUUGGGUGACGAGCGAGCUCGAAGGCCCCAUGAAAGGGGGACCGGGCACAUGGGGAUGGUAA